AUGACUGCGGCUCCAGCUUCUUCAACAGAGACGAGAAAGCGGGUGGAGUGGCCCCCGGCAGUGCGAGAGUACGUGCAGCGGUGCUUCGUGCCCGAGCAGCAGAUACCCGGCAUCUCUCGCGCGGAGAUGGAGGCCAGGCUCAAGCAGGUCAUCACCGGCGCAGCAGAGACCAACAGCCUCGAGGCCAUCGACUGGGCCAGCCUGCCCUUGCCGCAGCAGAUGAUCCAGGCCGAACGCAGCGCCGCCCUCCCUUCUGCCACCCACCACCAGCUCUCUCUCCAGCCCUCCAAGACCUCGCCCAAGCGAAAGUCGACUGACAUCUCGACAGACACAUCUACUACUACCUCUGCCGGAACGAGUUACCAGGAAAUACCACCGUGGAGGACAACCGCAGAGGACAAACGCAGACGCCUGGAGAAUGUUCCUACUAACAAUAUCAAUAAUAGUGACGGGUUAAACAGUAAGUCUAACAGUAAUAUCAGCAGCCAUCACCACCUGGAGAGCAGGAAACGACGGUUUGAAAGCACCUCUUCCCCCACCAAGGUCAAGUCCCCCCAACCCUCAUACACCCAGACAUACACAAGCCAGAGCUCCAACCAGCACGCGGGCCCCAUCGUCGGCCGCAGCACGGAGCUGGAGAAGCGGUAUCUGCGUCUGACCGCAGCGCCCAACCCGGACAACGUACGCCCGCUUCCAGUCCUGCGCAAGACCCUCGACCUGCUCAAGCGGCGGUGGAAGCAGGAGAACAACUACGGCUACAUCUGCGACCAGUUCAAGUCGAUGCGCCAGGACCUGACGGUGCAGCACAUCAAGAACGACUUUACGGUGCUGGUGUACGAGAUCCACGCGCGCAUUGCACUCGAAAAGGGCGACCUCGGUGAGUAUAACCAGUGCCAGACGCAGCUGCAGGGCUUGUACGCGCUGAACCUGGGCGGCGGCCAUCCGAUGGAGUUCAAAGCGUAUCGUAUUCUCUAUUUCAUCUACACACGCAACCAGACGGCGAUCAAUAGCGCCCUAUCAGAUCUAACCGCUGCAGAGAAGGCUGAUCCGGCCGUCAGCCAUGCCCUGGCCGUCCGCGCCGCCCUGGCCAUGGGCAAUUACCAUCGUUUCUUCCAGCUGUAUCUUGACACCCCCAACAUGGGCGCCUAUCUCAUGGACAUGUUUGUCGACCGCGAGCGUCUCGCUGCCCUAGCAUGUAUUUGUAAAGCGUACAAACCGGAUGUGAAUAUCAGGUUCAUCACGGAAGAGCUGGGCUUCGAGUCCGACGAGCAGAGCGCCCGCUUUGUGCUGGACCACGUCUCCGAGCAGCUGCUGCAGGAAACGCAGGACGGCGUCAGGCUGCUGACCGGCAAGUGUGGUGCGGCCUUUGAGGCGGCCAAGCAGGAGGCCUUCCGGCGCAUCGACAUCAAGGGCCAGAUAUAA